ACACACACACACACACCCCUUAUUCGUUCUUCUUCCUCGGGGCGGGCAGGGCUGCAGCAGUUUUUAUGAACGGAACGGCUCGUGCCGUUUCAUUGACAAACAUUUUCCGGUUGCUGCAUCGAAGAGCGGAGCACCGCCGGGGGAGCAGUGCGGAGCAGCAGCAGCAGAAAGCAGAAGGCAGCAGCUGCAGUGAGCAACAACAACCCCCGGUGUUUAAAAGCUGUUGAUUCGCCACCUUGACCCGGACCGGAUCCUCACGCAACCCCUCUUCCUCCUUCACGCUCUCUGGAGACGGCCAGAAGAAUCACCUGAGGGGGACUCACUCAGACAGCUUUUGCCACUCAGUUGUUCCCUAUGAAGGACGUGAUGCGGCGUCGUUAACGCUCACUCACUGACAGGGGUUUGUUUAAGGACUUCCACGAAGCGCCCGGACGCAGCGAUGGAGGAUUCUGGAUGCUUUUUAAAAUCACGAGACUGCAGCGACCGGUGUGUGAUGCGAACUGAGCGGUGGGUGGUGUAGACUCCCACCCCGCACCCCACACACCCCCACCGACUUAUCCGUGAACACACCCCAUCCCUCCCAACCUGGACCCACAGCCGUGUUUCACUUCACCGAGAGAACAUGUCACGGGCAGCGGCUAUCGCGAACUCCCUGAUCCGUCAGAAGCGACAGGCGAAGGAGCGGGAGAAGGCGAACGCUUGUCGCGGCAGCGGCAGCCCGAGCAACAGCAAGGGCACAAACGAGAAGCAGAGCAAGCUUAACGUGUUCUCGCGUGUCAAAUUGUUUGGAUCAAGGAAGAAACGGAAGAGAAAGCGACCACCAGAGCCCCAGUUAAAGGGCAUUGUGACCAGGCUUUCCAAUUGCCAGGGCUUCCAGCUGCAGAUGCAGCCUGAUGGCACUAUUGAUGGAACAAAGGAUGAAGACAGCACCUAUGCUGUGUUCAACCUGAUCCCAGUGGGGCUUCGUGUGGUGGCCAUCCAGGGCGUCCAGACCAAACUCUAUCUGGCAAUGAACAACGAAGGCUUUCUCUACACCUCUGAACAUUUUACCCCGGAGUGUAAGUUCAAGGAGUCUGUGUUUGAGAACUACUACGUCACCUACUCCUCCAUGCUGUACCGGCAGCAGGCUUCGGGUCGGGCCUGGUACCUGGGACUCAACAAGGAGGGUGGAGUCAUGAAGGGGAACCACGUCAAGAAGAACAAGGCCGCAGCACACUUCAUACCGAAACCACUCAAAGUGGCCAUGUAUAGGAGCCUUCCCUCCAUGACCUGACAAACUCUCACGGUCAGGCAGCGGCACACCAACCAAGGAUCGCAGCGCUUCGGCACUACUUAACGGCGGAGGAAAGUCGCCCAGCAACAAUGAUUUAUCAUAGCCCUGCACCUCUCUCUCUCUCACACACACCCACACACACACACACACACACACACACACACACACACACACACACACACACACCACAACCACCACACACACACACACCCACACCACCACCCACACACACACACACACACACACACAACACCACACACACACACCACACAACACCAGAUCUCAGGCCGACAUGCCCACACAUCAGUGGUGAGGGGCAGGAGGCGCCGAGGAGAAAAUGAAGGAGGACCGGAAUGUGUUCUUCCACUUAACGGACCCCCUGUGACUGACUGUGAUGUAAAUAAAUCAAGGACAAUCAAUCCGUCUGGCUCUGCUGAUCUGGUCUGCAGACUAUAGGACCUGUGAAUCUUUUCCAUGAACUACCCUUCCUGCUGUAUCAUAACCAGACAGAAGGGAAGAAAAGCGGGAUUAUAAUAGAGAGAGAGUCAGUCAGUCACAGUCAGAAAAACAGACUGUUACAGAGAACCAAAGAGUCCAAGUAUUAACCAAGUUAUUUGCAGUGAUAAGGAAAGUGACAAGAAUUCAGAGAGAGGAAGGAAGUCUUUAUCUAUUCUACCGUAUGCUAUGUUUACACAGAGCUCAUGGGUUUGUCAUAUUUUUAAAAAUGACAAACAUAUUCCUUGUACACAUAUGAGGACUGAUCAUUUUUGCAUGCAGGUGUGUGUGUGUGUGUGUGUGUGUGUGUGUGUGUUGUGUGUGUGUGUGUGUGUGGUGUGUGUGUGUGUGUGUGUGCGUGUGUGUGUGUCAAGUACACGCUGUUCUUGCAGUGGGUAAGCGAGAUUGUGUGUCUGCAUGCUUUGUUGUGGUGUGUGUAUGUCUGUGUGUGUGUGGGGGGGGGGAGGAUUUUACCUUUUUAAGAUCUGUUAUAUAUCAGACAAACGUCCUGAGGGCUUUAGCAGGUUAAAGUAAGGUUUACUGUAUAUGCUUCCAUGCUUACUUCUUACAAGCAAUACUAUUGUUUAUCUUUGCGUUUGUUGUUAGUUGUCCCUUGCUGUUUGUUUGUUUGUUUGUUUGUUGCAUGGAAGCUUGUGGACCUCUGCUCAGUAGCAGCAUGCUGAAGGUCAGUUUUUUUCAGGUCUUACUGUAAGUGUUUCUGACCUAAAGAGAACACUAGUGAGCCAAUAGUGUCAUACCAGAACACUAGUGAACCAAUGGGAGGGUGCUGGAACACUACUGGACCAAUAGUAUUGCACCGGAACAUGAAUGGUGUUGGACCACAACCACCUGGACCAAUGGGAGCACAGACUAACUUCAUAAAUUGGUUCCUGCCGUGAACAAACUAGAAAUGCACUAAAUAAACUAUUUCUAAA